UUUUGUGCCCAGGGGAGGGAGCCUUGGGCUGGGCACCCAAUGGCCCAGCUCCCCUCUACCACCAACCUCAUCCUGGAUCACAGGGAAUACUUUUAGCAAGUCAACCAGUGGGACCAUACAAUGGAUGGGAGUCUAUGUGGAUUUAAGUGGAAUAGUGCACUGGUGCUCCAGCAUAGGUCAGAGUUCACAAGCGUGCACUGGACUCAUCAGGGAAAGACAGAAGACACGUUGGUCGACAAACCAGCAGGGACACAGCCCCAUUGAACCUAGACUUACGUCCUUUGUGCAGCUUCUGACCUCUUACUAUGCCUGUGCGUCAGCGAUAAGACCUGAUAAGCAGGGGAGAAAAAUCUCUACACCACUAGACACCGGGAAGCUGUGCCCUAGUUUGAACUCUACUCCAAGAUGGCGAAUGCUGUGGAAACACUUGAAGAAUGAUGAGCUCCCAAGAGGAGGAAACUCUCCGUUUUUUCCAGUAUGUUGAGGAGAAUGGGCUGAGAGCCUACAACGGCCUGGUAGCUCAGAACCUGGACCUCGCAAGGAAUGAGAGAAAUAGAGCAUUCCUGCAGGAGAAAAACGACAAGAAGAGAAAACAGGUGGAGGCCAUAAGGAGGACCGGGGAGGACAUUACAACCGAAGGCAAGCACUUACGCAUGGGCUCCAUUACCAUGCCGGACCCCCAGGAACGCAUGCCCCACCCACAUGCCCUCGCAUGUGGGCAGGGCUUCUCUGUCCGCUCCCAGUCCCUCCACUCUGUUGGUGGUGGGAACACUGGGGGUGGAGGAGAGGAGGAGGUAGGGAGCCCGACCUCUAGGAAGCAGCCCCCACCUAAGCCCAGGAGGGACCCAGCCACCAAGCUGAGCAUGUCGUCUGAGGCGGUGGACCACAGUCCCAUGUCCACCUGCCGAGGGGAGCGAUGUGACGCUCAAGGAUGCAGCGAGGACUGCAGGAGGGUGCCCCCACCCAAACCUAAGAGAAACCCCAACACACAACUAAGUGUUUCCUUCGAUGAGUCCUUCAUCAAGAGCCACGCAGGCAGCGGCAUGUGUCCCUCUAAACCCCUCCAUCAUGUAUGCUCUCCCUGCGAACGCAACACGUCGCCUCCACAGAGCGACGAGAGCCCCACAGACGACUGUGAGGACGAACCCGUCUACAUAGAGAUGGGUGGGGUCGACGUCGGAGCACGAGAACCCCUGAAGAGCGAGGACGAGGAGCCCGGAGAGUCUGUGUACGAGGAGAUGAAGUACCCGGCUCUGGACGAUAUGGAGUAUCGCACAGACCCUGUGGGAUGUCGCUCCGCUUGCCCCACCCCAGCUCCAUACGAGCCUGAACCUCUCAGUCGCUGCUCGACACCUCGGAACAUUCCCCUCUGUGACAUUCCUGCACCCUUUCCUAAUUUACUCACCCAUCGACCACCUCUGCUGGUGUUCCCACCGGCGCCCGCUCAGUGCUCACCCAACUCAGACGAGUCUCCCCUCACCCCUCUAGAUGUAACCAAACUGCCCAUGCUGGAGAACCAAUCCUACAGCAAAUCUCCCACGUCCUCCACUGAGCCGCCCUCCUCCGCACACAUCCGUAGGGAACUCACUGCCACCCCGACCCUCACUGUAUCCGGCCGCUCCUCUGCACCUCCUCUUCCAUGUACACUCUACAAAUCCUCCUCCUCUUCCUCUUAUCAGCGCAGCCACUCUGCCUGCCCAUCCCCGGUCAGCAUGGGUCGCUGUCUUACCCCUCUUAGUCUCAUGCGUACGCCUCCCUUUGAUGCUCCCAUGCCUUUUCCUGGAGGGCUGCCACGCAGCGCCUCUGCCACCCCUCAUGGUAAAGGCUCGCCGCCUCAAGAUGGGGUGGGUCGACUCCAUGGCUCAAUGCAGAAUGUGUCAACGGGGCGAUCAAGGACACCCACUAGCCCGCUUGAUGAACUUACAAACCUUUUCACCACAGGCAGGAACAUGUUGAAGAAAAACACCAGUGGAAGGAAGUCUAAAGAACCUGGAGAGACUGAGUCCAAAAGCAAGUCUCACAGCGAGUCCAAGCGUGAAGGCAAGGAGCGCCACAGUCACAGCAAGGAGUCAAAGCGAGACUCCAAGGAUCGCCACAGCAAAGAGUCCCUCGCAUCGCAGAGACAAAGACAAAGACCGGGACAAAGACAAAGACAAAGACAAAGAUAGAGGCAGCAGCAAUGU